GACAGAGCAUAAUUUAUUUUUUUCGAUAAAUUGUUAGUGCAAAAAUAUAUCGUUCGACCUCCCCGUUUUUUUUUUGAAGCGGAUUCGAUCCGAUUGCGAACAGGGAAAAGGAAUAUGGAUAAAUCGAAUGCCGGGCGAUCAGAACCAGUGACGAACGGUCGAAUGGUCCGGAGCGCAUCGAAAAAUUUUUCGUGAGAUGUUCAGUUAGUUUAGAAGUAGUUCAAUCUGGCUCAGAACAAUGAAAUGGGCGAAUCGAAUACCAUUAUCGGAAAGCCCGUGGACGUCGGCUCAGGACGAUGUAUGAGCAUCCAAGCCAUGCAAGCUCUAUUCGAAUUGAAGGAAAACAAUCAACUUUGCGACGCCACCAUUGUAUUGGACGACGGCGCCGAAAUUCCAGUUCACAGGGCGAUACUUUGCGCUUGUAGUUCAUAUUUUAGGGCUCUAUUCACCACAACCCUCCACAACAGGGAAAAACACAGAGUAUACCUGCCGGGCGUGACCUCCGAGAUGCUGCAGAAACUCCUGGUGUACAUCUACCUGCGCAAGCUGGACAUCAACCUCGACAACGUCUACUCGCUGCUGAUCACCGCCGAUUACUUGAGCAUCCUCGGCGUGCUGGAGCUGUGCUGCAAGUUUCUCGAGACCAACCUCACGUCGAAGAACUGCAUCGGCAUAAUGAACUUCGCGCGCAACCACUUUUGCCGCGAUCUGGCCGGCGACACGUGGAAGUACAUCAUGCGCAACUUCACGCAGAUCGCCUACGAGAGCGACGAGAUCCUCGCGCUGUCGCUGGGCGAGAUCCAGGAGAUCAUCAACGCCGACGAUUUGAACGUGAAGAGCGAGGAGACCGUGUGGGAGUUGAUACUGCGCUGGAUCGACAACGACACCGAGACCAGGAAGCGGCACAUCGUAUCGUUGAUGAAGUGCAUCCGAUUGGGAUUGUUGGACACGCAGUUCUUUUUGGAACGCGUCAAGGAGCAUCCUUACGUGGCCAGUUCAGAGGAGAGCCGCCCGAUGAUCAUCGAAACGUUGAAGUUUCUCUACGAUUUAGAGAUGAUUACGCACAGAGAUGGAGAAGUCGUGACGCCGGAAAUAGCGAGGCCGCGCGUGCCGCACGAGAUCCUGUUCGCCAUCGGCGGCUGGAGCGGCGGCUCGCCCACCAACUUCAUGGAAACCUACGAUACGCGCGCCGACCGAUGGGUGAAGGUGGAGGAGGUGGACCCGACGGGGCCUCGGGCCUAUCACGGCACCGCCGUCGUCGGCCUGAAGAUCUACGUGAUCGGCGGCUUCGACGGCAUGGAUUACUUCAAUUCCUGUCGGUGCUUCGACGCCGUGACCAAGAGCUGGAAGGAGAUCGCCCCCAUGCACGCCAGGAGGUGCUACGUCAGCACGGCCGUCGUCGACGAUCUGAUAUACGCGAUGGGCGGCUACGACGGCCAUCACAGGCAAAAUACCGCCGAGAAGUACGAUUAUAAAACCAACCAGUGGUCGUUGAUUGCUCCCAUGAACAUGCAAAGAUCAGAUGCUAGCGCUUGUAAUUUAAACGGUAAAAUUUACAUAACCGGCGGUUUCAACGGGCAGGAAUGCAUGCAUUCGGCCGAAGUGUACGAUCCGGAAAUCAACCAAUGGUCUUUGAUCAGCCCGAUGAGGUCGAGACGGUCGGGCGUUUCCUGCAUAGCCUAUCACGGGCAGGUGUACGUCAUCGGCGGCUUCAACGGCAUAUCCAGGAUGUGCAGCGGCGAGAAGUUCAAUCCGCAGACCAACACGUGGUCGCCCAUACCGGACAUGUACAAUCCGCGGAGCAACUUCGCCAUCGAGGUCAUCGACGACAUGAUAUUCGCCAUAGGCGGAUUCAACGGCGUCACCACUAUCUACCACGUCGAAUGUUACGACGAAAAAACGAACGAAUGGUACGAGGCCACCGACAUGAACAUCUACAGAUCCGCGCUGUCUGCGUGCGUCAUCGACGGGCUGCCCAACGUGCAGGAUUACAUCCACAAGCACAGAGACAGGCUGAUGGAGGAGAAGCGCCAGAAGAUGAUCGCGUUGGAGAACCAACGGAACCUGGGCAGCGUGGCGAACAACAACAACAACAACGCCAAUCACCAGGAGAACGUGGCGGCGGCGGUGAACGCCAACAUGCAACAGCUGAACAUCCUGCAGCAGCUGAACGCCAAUCUGAAUCCGGCGCUGCCGCCGGCGCCCGUGCCCAAUCCCAAUCCGGUGCCGAUGGACGUCGACGAGAACGACGCCGACGAGCAGCCACAGCAGCAGCAGCAGCAGCAGCAGCAGCAGCAACAGCAGCCUUGACGGGCCGCCUGGAUGGUGUUUGAGGACUCGACGAGCUGGGGAUGGAAAUUUUUUAUUGAUGUUUCCCGUUUUUGAUUUCGCGGAUAUCGGAUGCCUUUUUGCACGUUGAUUCGCCGCCCCAAUUCUCGACACCGUUAUAUUUUUAAGUAUCUAAAAGUAAUUUAGAAAACGGAAUUUUUAGCUGUAUUUAGGAGUCAAAAAAAUAGUGGCAAAACUCUACUGUUAAGGCAAAAAACAGGGAAAUUUAAUUAACGGUCGAACAGUAGACUCGAAUUUAAUCAAUUGGUACUAUCGAGAUGUCGAUAGUACGAAGUAACCGGUAGAUAAAAUAAACUAACGAAUUGUUUUCCAGACCUUUAUUGUUAGAGUAAUUAGCUAAGAAAAUUAUACCAGGAGGAUAUUAUUUUAAGUGGCAACUAGUGAUUAGGGAAAUCGAUUAUUUUUUUUGAAUGGACUUUUUUUACUCACCUCUCAACAAUGCUUAAAAAGCUUCAAAAUUGCUUUUGUUUUUGUCGAAUCGUAUUAAUAGUGAAUAUUCUAGUUUUCUUCCUUAUUUUUUUUGUAUUCGUUAUUUUAUUUUAUUUGCCGCGUCCUCGCGAAUGAGAAUCAAUUGAAAAUGUCUUGGUAUAUACUUUGUGAAUUGGUUACAACUACCCCUUCGACGAUAUAAAUACACCCUCUAUUACAACUCUAUAUGAAAUUAGAUUAUUCUUAUCGAGGUGGUGCGAAAUCGUCGAAAGGGGUGAGUUAUUUUACGAUUUUUGUAACGUUUAUUGGUAAAAUUAUGUUUGGCUCAUUGUCUAAUCCCGACACCAUCCCGACGGAACGAAGAGGAGGCCGAAACUGGAACGCGACUCGCCCUUUAUGAACGAGUUAAAUCUGCAAUAAUCAUUUGGGAUUUUAAAUUAGAAAUUCACAACUUCUGGUCUUUUCUGCGAACGAAUAAAUGGACUUUUUUAUUUAUUUUAUUUAGUUCAGUAUCGUUCAAACACGGCCCGACCGAAUGUGCUUCUCGAGCUCUUUUCAUUUACAAUUUUAUAUACAUCGUAUUUUAUAUACAUCGUAUUUUAUAUACUAGAACUCUGUUAUAUUUGUAUUUAACCCGAAAAAUAAAAUUGACGCAUUUACUUAUCUUAAUCACAAUUUUUGUGCGAUCUAUUCAACGAAAAAAAAAAUAGUUGUGUAAUAAAAUU